AUGCUAUUCAAACACAGUCUAUGCAGUUCUAGCGGUCAUAUUCUGAACGGGAACGCGAACGAGAUUAUUUGCAUGCCAUAUGAUGAAGUGCAGAAAAUCACAAAGGUACACUGUAUGACACCAUGGCCUGGACGAGCUAUUGAAGUGCGAUUGGAAUCCAAGAGGAAGCCGUUACAAUUCGUUGGCAUCACAAAAAGAGAUGAAUUCUUUGACACUGUCAUUGAAUUAGCCAGUCAAGCCGGUGUCAACCUCAGCUUCUCAUAA